AAUGCUGUUAUCAAGAAGCUCGAAGGGAGCGACCCUGCUUGGGGGGUUGUUGUGGAUCGUUUUCUUUGCCAAUUUGAUCGCUGGCCAAUUAACCCUUUACGGCUCGAGAGCGCCCUCCAUGCGUCGUCCGCUCACUAGACAGUUGGUGGGGCAAUGCCCUGCGCCAUACUUCCCGAACGGAGAGGCGAAAAUUCGAAACCGUGGCCGUAUGAUGCGCUUCGACUGUGCGUACGGGUUUAAGCUGGUCGGCAAUCGGUACUCCAACUGCCAGAACGGUCGCUGGGACACAUCGAUACCGGUUUGUGUGAAGUCCGGAUGCAGCCUGCUCGCCCCGAUAGAGUCCGGCCACGUGCUGUACGAGAUGAACAAAGCGUCCGCCUUUCUGUCCUGCUUUGAGGGGACCGAGCUGGCCGGCUCGAGAAACGCCUAUUGCAAUGGGACGCACUGGGAUCGACCACUCGGUGUCUGCCGGCGGACGGGACAGGCAACACCAACGGCCUGUGACUUCGAGACUGAGUCGCUGUGCGGCUGGUCCAACGAUGCGCUGCACGAUUUCGACUGGAAGCGCAGCGACGGUACGCUGAACCCGCGCGCACUCCGAACCGGGCCCAAGUACGACCACACCACGAUGCAGCCGAAGGCGGGCCACUUCAUGAUAGUGGAUUCCGGCGAGCAGCUAACGAACGAUACGGCCCGCUUCAUAUCGCCGCUGUUCGAGCCGGAGCUGAGCGUCGGUGCGUGCUUCCAGUUUUACUACCACAUGUACGGGGAGUCGGUCGGCACGCUGAAGGUGUUCGUGAAGCCGAUGAGCGCCGACCUGUACGAUCUGCAGCCGGUGUUUGUGCAGCGGGGCAAUCAGAAGAACGUUUGGCACGAGGGUCACGUUGAGGUGGGCCAGCAAGCGGAGCGCUUUCAGGUGGUGAUCGAGGCGAGCCUGGGCAUGCGCUACAAGAGCGACAUUGCGAUCGACGAUGUGAGCUUGCUGCAGGGCGACAGUUGCCGGGUGGCGGUCGAGGAUGGCGAGGAGCCACCACCGGCCGAGGUGGAGAACGUGCCGGUGAAGAUAGAUUCGUGCGAAAACCGGUGCGGAAGCAGUAUGGCCGCCGUGCUGAGCGCGAACGAUACGAUUGUGCACUGCGAUUGCCACGAGGACUGUGUGACGAGUGAGACCUGCUGUCCGGAUUACCGGGAAAGGUGCGUUUUUCAGGUGGCAGUUGGAGGGAGUAACGUAAGUACGACUACACCCGUUCCGGUACCGUCGACGUCUACUACGGUUAGGAUAACUACGACAAAAGCUGCCACUACGUCUACGCGGCCGGUGACAACGACUUCCACAACGGUCAGUAGCACUACUACUACCACCACCACCACCACCACAACCACAACCACUGCAAAGCCAACAACGUCAAGCGCUACUACGACCAGGAGUACCACUACAAAGCCAUCGACGACGUCCACUGUCUCCACGACAACCACGAAGAAGUACAAUUUACGCCCAAGGCCUAGUCUCGUUCCGCUUACCAAUAGACCACAGCUGCCACCAACAACCACACCAGCAGGAACGACUCGUAAAACAACUACGCCAACGACCAAAGCCACCUCCACAACGGUGACAACGACCAUCCCCACCAGCACUCAAUCCGACCUGGUGGCGGUUGAACAGUCCGUGCCAUCAACAACCGAGGAGGUGAUAAUGCCCGGCCUGGCCAUGGCCCCACUGCAGCCGAUAGAAAAGCUCCACUCCGCUCCGAGUCUGAUGAAGUUCUUCGUGUACGCCAUAUCGACCGUAGUGCUGUUUGCGUGCAUUUUAAGCGCUGCGUACCAUUACGCACGGCGGUCGCGUUCCAGCGUGCUGGCAAGGUUGAAGGAAAAAUCGCAAAAGAGUGGCUUCGAGGACAUCCGGUUCCUGGCUGGCGAUGAAGAUUUAGACUUUAACAUUUCGCACGGGCGCGAUGUGGAGGAGGGAGAGGAGGUGCUGGAAAAGGAAGGCAAAGGGGAGGCAAAAGCAAAACAGGAAACCAAUCCAAGCAAGAAGGACGCAAAAGCGGACGUCGUAAGGAUGGCAAAGCAGGAAGAUAAGAAGAACCUUGCCACACAUGGGCGCGGGGAAGUGGAAAGCAACACCGAUAGCGACGCGUCGACGGAUGACGAUGGGGCGGGCGGUGGUGGUGGUGCGAAAAGGACACAUGGGAAGCAGAACAAAAAAGCGUACCAGAAGUAUGUAAAACACCACGACGAGGAUAUGGCAUCGAGCUUACUGUAAGUGUGUUGAUAAGAGCGGUGGUGGACAGCGUCACCAUCCGGCGGGCACGUACCGCGGGGAAUUCCGAUAAGCAAAUGAUGCCGUUCUCUUGGUUUGCUCCUCCUUCCUACCCGCUCGCUGCUAAGCAUAACAGGAAAUUAUGAUGCGCAAAUGCUGCGAUAAAGAUGCGAUUGUAGGAAAGUGAUGAACUCCGCGGGGUGCGGGACACAAAAACGAAAGUGAAAUGUUUUAAGGCAGAAUUUUGUAUUUUUCUUUAGGGUGAGUUGGUGUGAGUUAGUAUGAGUAUUUAUUGGAUGUAAAUUGAUACUGCAUGGCGAUGAGCGCAAGUACACUUUAUAUUUUGAAAAUAAACGACUUUACAUUCAAACCAAAGUAGGCGAGCACGUGUGCGUUCCCUGUCUCUACAGUGGGGAAGAGACGCUGCUCUCGUUCAUUUUGUGACAGGGACAACAAAAGAAUAAUAUUUUUUCCGUUGAUUUCAUUUCAAAGAGAUACUAUUUAAAAUAUUUCUAAUUGCAUUCUAAAAUAU